AUGGCGGCGGCUCGCAAGGGCUCAGAAGCAUGUGUUCAAAUUUCGCGUGAGAUCUGUCCUGCCAGCGUCAAUGAUGUCGACCACAAAGAUCAGACUGCGCUACAUCAUGUCAGCCACGCAGGUCAUGUACGAACGCCGAAGGAGCUGCUCGCAUUUCCCACAAUUAAUGUCCACUUCAAGGACCACUUUAGGCGUAAUGCUUUAUCUCUGGUAUCGCAACAAGGCCACUUACCCGUAGUCAGAAUCCUACAUCGCAGAAAUGGCGACGCUGCAAGCACAGACGUGACUGGUCGCAACGCUGUUUCGUGGGCUGCAAACAGUCUCAAGGCCACCGCAUACACCUAG